AUGGAGGUGAACGAUUAUAUCAGUCGCGAAUUCUGCUCGGGGAGCUGCUUUGACACUCGCGAAAAAGGGCUGCAAUGCGUCGGUUAUUUAGAAGAUGUGAACGACGCUGAAACUCAGUCGAUCAACACCUGCCCAAUAUCGGAAAUCAACAUUGAGGGACGUAGUUGUGUUAAUUCUGUGGGUACCGAUAGUCGGAAAAGUUUUUCAGAUACCGCGUUAGGCAAUGAGACAUGCACGGGUGGAACCUCGAUUGAAAAUUGCAAGCAUUUUGUCGAGGAGUCUGUAGAAGUGCAAACAGAAGCUUGGCCGAUUCCGUGCAGGUGUCAUCGGUUGGAACCAGAGACUUGCAAGUCUGAAAUUGGAACGAAGAAGAAAAGGAAGAAAGCCAAGAGCAAGUCGAAGGAAGAAACCAAGGGUACCAAAAGCUGCCUCAAAGCUAUGCAAGAGAUAGUUCGACCACGACAGAAACGCCAAACAAGGAAGGGCUGCACUUUUGACAUGAAACACUUUCAGGAUAAAAUACUUACGCUGCUUGAUCAAGAAUGCGGAAUUUGUCAGUGCUGUAAUUGCAAUAGCCCUGGGAAACUGAAUGUGGAAAGUAGACCCGAAAGACACGUCGACAGACAAACCAAAUGCGAGAAACGAGUGGAGAAGGAGGAAAAACAAUCAGGUCUAACUAAACGCGAAAGGAUACCGACAACUAUACAACGAGAUGACAAAACUGUGAUGGUAUACCGUACGUCGAUGGCGUCUAACAAUAAGUCAUCGACGAUGUCCGGGAGGCAACGCGAGUCUGCAGAGAAAGAGAAAAAUAUUGAAUCAUCAUCUCGAAGGUCGGGUUCGCGAAGGGCUAAAAGAGCCAGAAGAGUUCAAGUCUCAGCCUCGUCUUCUGAGUUGGAAAUCUGCAAUAUCAAUAGGAAAGAAAAACGGAAGAAACGUCGAUCGAAGGAAUCAAAGAAAAAAUUUUCAUGCGAUUCUUAAUUAGUGAUAAAGCUGCAGAGAUGUUUCUUGGAUGACGUCAGGCCAAUGCUCUGAGUUUGAUCCGCGCUAUUAGCAGCUGUAAAAUUGCAUAGCUAGGAAUUUCGUUUUCGGACGAAAAAACAACAGAUACGCGUUCGAUGAACGUGAAUGGAGUUACGAAUUAU